AUGCAGAGUGACCUCCACAAAGUCAUUGUGUCUCCACAGCCGCUGACCACAGACCACAUCAAAGUGUUCCUCUACCAGAUCCUGAGAGGUCUGAAGUACCUCCACUCUGCUGGGAUCCUCCACAGAGACAUCAAACCGGGGAACCUCCUGGUGAACAGUAACUGCCUCCUGAAGAUCUGCGACUUUGGUCUAGCUCGGGUGGAGGAGCCGGACCCGAGCCGUCACAUGACCCAGGAGGUGGUGACCCAGUAUUACCGCGCCCCAGAGGUCCUAAUGGGCUGCCGGCACUACGGCUCCGCCAUCGACGUCUGGUCUGUGGGCUGCAUCUUUGCCGAGCUGCUGGGACGGAGGAUCCUGUUCCAGGCCCAGAGCCCCAUCCAGCAGUUGGACCUCAUCACAGACCUCCUGGGGACUCCUCCUCUCUCUGCUCUGUCUUCAGCCUGUGAAGGAGCCAGAGCCCACAUCCUCAGAGGACCUCACAAACCGCCGUCUCUGUCCGUGCUCUACAUGCUUUCUGACGGAGCGACUCAUGAGGCCAUCCACCUGCUCUGCCGAAUGCUGGUGUUCGACCCGCUGAAGCGUAUCUCCGGCUCUGACGCGCUCUCUCACCCGUACCUGGACGAGGGCCGGCUGCGGUACCACACCUGUAUGUGCCAGUGCUGCUACAGCGUCCCUAGUGGCCGAGUUUACACCCGCGACUUUGAGCCUGUGGCCGAGAGACCCUUCAGCCACAGCUACGAGACCAGCCUGCUGUCAGUGUGGCAGGGGAAGGAGCUCAUCCAUCGCUUCAUCACCGAACAUCAACAGGGAAAGAGAGUCCCGCUGUGCAUCAACCCACAGAGCGCCGCAUUCAAGACGUUCAUCAGGUCCACUGCCUGGCAUUCGUCCAAAGUGUCUCGAAAAGAAGAGAGAUGA